GUCAUGUCUGUGUGUAUCGUUGUCUCAGUAACCAUCUAUGGCACCUGGGACGACCUCCGACAUAUCGGCUCGCAACGGCUCUACCGGACGCAGCAUACUGGGAACUCGAGGGAAGCGGCCUUAUACUGACUCGGAAUGUCAGAGCGACGUCUGUUCGGAUGGCAGUAGGACUGGAGAGGAUGGAAAAGUCACAAUCGCACUACAAUGUCGCUGCUGACGGCAUUCUUCCGAUGACUGCUGCGUUUCGCAUGGCCUUGGAUCGGCACCAUCGCUGGCGGCCGCUGAGAACGCAGGUGAGCACCCGUGCCUGCCGGCUUCUCAAGCAAAUCCGGAGCUGGCGAUCGUGUGCGGACUGAGCUUAACGAACGGGUCGUGCGCGCACCCGCAGGUGAGUGCACGUAAAGGCGGGUCACAACUCACCCGCAGAUCGUCAGAAAUGGCACUGCGCGGCCGCCGACGGGCGCGAUGCUACCUUCUUGCUGGAGCUCGCCGACUUCUGCUCGCUCUCCGCACUCCGACACGGGCACAGCUUUCUGUACCCGUCUUUGCACGCGGGACGGAUGCUGUCAGUGUUGACGAGGGAGUGUCGUAAACCCGAAGACACUUACGUCUCUAUCACAUUAUAGAGCAUCAAACAAGCUACUUGUUCAGGGAAGCUAGGAGCCUCAAUGCGAUGCAAUUCAGGUUGGUCAAACAAGCUCAGGUGGGAUUGCCCAUCCGAGGUGGCCCCGCCCGCGUCCACUUAGCUCUAAACGAAAAACUGAUCGAUUGGUGUUCAUCCAUCGCCAGUUGUCGUAAGAUGCAUGGACCGUCACAUGGUUGUCAACUCUUAUGCCCGAAGU